UUCUUUCCCCUACGUUCUCUAAUUUUCUACUACUUCCUGUCAUGUGCAGCAGCAACAGGAAGUAUGCCUGGCAUAGAGUAUGAUUAUGGCAUUAGCCCCAAAUUUGUUUGCACGCCAAUCCCCCCAGAAGCAGACCCCAGCUGCUACUCCCCACCCAGUGUGCCCCAUGGACCGAGCACUAACAGCCACACAAACGGCCACAACGGCAGCAGCCGGAGAGGCAUGAUGUCAGACGAGGCCAAAGCCACCAUCUUGCACCUGCGCGAGAGCCUUGUGAGGCAAAAGGAGACCAUCCUGGACCAGCGGGAGACCAUCAGGGAGCUCACCGCCAAGCUCACCUUGUGCGAAGGCUUCGGUGGUCACCAUGGUACUGAUCACCAUGACAACCAUCGCGACAACCAUCACGAUACCCAUCAUGACAAUAACCAUGAUGGCCACCAUGAUGACCACCAUGGGCAUCACAGCAACCACCAUACACCAUCAUCGUCACACCACGGGCCUUCUGCGUACCACAGUAACGAUCACCACUACUCCCACGGCAGCCACAGGUCAGACCCCCACCACAGGAAGGGCUCAUCAUAUGGAAAACACAGCUCCUUCUCCCCUGAACAGACAGGCAAAACACUGCAGACACUGAAGGAGAGGCUGGAGAGCUUACAGGCCAGAAACUCCUCCAGCUCGUACUCCAGCUCCCUGAGGGAACUCCUCCAGCGAAAGAUCACUGCCCUGGAGGACCAGCUGCACAGCUACUACCGAGAUCACCAUGACUACAGUCACCACAACGACCACCAUGGUGAUCAUCAUGAUGACCACCAUGAUGACCACCACUCCGACCAUCACGGCAGCAGCCACCACAACGACCAUCACGAUGAUCACCAUGAUGACCACCAUAGCAAUGGCCACCGUCCCAACGACCACGAUGACCAUCAUGGUAAUGGUCACCGUAACGACCACCAUGAUGACCAUCGUGGAAAUGAUCACCAUGAUGACCACCGUGACAGCCAUCAUAACAACCACCACAGUAGCCACAGGAACAGCCAUCGCGGCAGUCACCAUAAUCGUCAUCACGACCACCACUACGACUGGCACCACAGCCGGUAUCGUGGUCACUAUGGCAACCAUCACAGCUACCACCAUGACGGCCAUCAUGAUGACCACCACAAUGAUCACCACGAUGACCACUAUGAUCACCCUGAUGAUCACCAUGACAGCAGUCAUCAUGAUGAUCACCACGACUAUCAUCACGGGCCUGACCACCACGAUGACCACCACGAUGACCACCACGAUGACCACCAUGAUGACCACCACGGCAAUGACCACCAUGACAACCCCCAAGACAACCAUCAUGGCAACGAUCAUCACCCACGGCGGCUUCCUUUCAGCAGCAAAGAGACGACACUGCGGGGCGCGGGACACGGCAAGCUUGAAACUGUGCUCAGUCAAUUGCACCAUGGCAACAAUGACCACGGAACCCACAAGAAGCUAAAGAGUCCCAACGCUUUCCUGCUUGACUUUCCCAUGAAGACCAACUACAUGUAUGGCAGGAUGAAGCGGUCAGUGGUCAACGAAAUCUUCGCCAUGACCAUCUGCCUGUGGUUGAAGGCAGGUGCAGGUCCCGGCCUCGGUACUCCCUUCUCCUACGCCGUGGCUGGACAAGCUAAUGAGCUGGUGCUCAUUGAGUGGGGCAGCAACCCCAUGGAGCUGCUAAUCAAUGACAAGGCGGUGACAUUGCCCAUAACCAUGACAGAUGGGAAGUGGCAUCACGUGUGCGUGACGUGGACAACACGCGACGGUGUCUGGGAGGCCUACCAGGACGGAGUGAAGAAAGGUUCGGGGCAAAAUCUGUCAGCCUGGCACCCCAUCAAACCAGGAGGGAUCUUCAUCCUGGGCCAGGAGCAGGACACAAUGGGAGGUCGCUUCGACGUCACACAGUCCUUCAUAGGAGAGCUGUCUGACCUCCAGUUCUGGUCCAGAGUCUUGCCGCCCAGCGAGAUCUACAGCCAGGCCACCUGCGGAGGCCACCUCACUGGUGAUGUCAUCUCCUGGACCGAGGAUGCAGUGGAGCUCCAUGGAGGGCUCACCGAGCUCCCCUUUGACCCCUGCCACUAA